AUGGCAAUGAGCAGCAGAGCUCAGUCUUUUCAGGUCACGGCGAGACGUGCUCUCAGAGUGGCGCAACACCCGGGAUUCUGGAGUAAGACUUCGUGACCACCCAGGGGCCCCGACGUUGGCCACAUGACGCUGAAACCUGUUGGCCUUUUCUCCUCAUCCAGAUGAACCCGCACGCGCUAGACUUUGCAACCAAGGCUCAGUGUCUGUGCUUGUUCCUCAUCCAAUGCUUUCAUGUGGCACAGGCUGGUGUUCCUGGUCCAUGCCGACACUCGGUAACACAGGACCACCUUCACAGCCUCAAUCGCUUGAUUGACAAUCAGCUGGACCACGGCUGUUUUAUUAUAUAUCCAUUCGUUGAACAUUUAAAUUUGAGUAAUAUCUGUUAUAUUAAAGCAGCCCUCCCACAUGUGCUGGAGCUUCUGAGAACACAUUUCCGUUACAUGAGGAACUCGGACAACAGAAGAUAUGUCAACACGCUGGAAAAAAACAUCCACCAUCUUUACUCGCAGGGAUGUAUAUCAGAAAUAAAUGAAGAGAUCGAGGAUAGUCCAUCCAGACUGAUAAAGAUGGAAGAGAGCUCUCCAAAAGAGGCAUUAAAAAAAGCCAGAGGAGUGCUCCAGAUGUAUAUGACGCUGAUGACAGUGAGCCCUCGUCCUGUGGACUGGCGUUGUCAAGAAGAAUAUUCUGCCUUGGAUAAUUCAACCCCUUCACCAGAAUCGGUUGCCACCACAACAGACUCUGCGGAGUGGACUUAAGCUCUGAAGACUGUUGCCUAUUACAAGUGGAACUGUGGUCGAAGCUGAGCAGAAAGAACUGAGCCUCACAGCACUGCCUGACCUGAAGAGAAUGUCUUAUUUUUCACUUUGAAAUGUUGUGUUAAAUGUUAGAUAUUAUAAGAUUAAGUAAAAAUACAAACUACAAAGUUAAAGUCGGGUCCUCUGCCAGAGGGUUGGGAGCUUCAGGAUCUUAGCUGUUCCCAAUACUGCGCUGUUAUGUCAAGUGUUGUUCCUGGUAUCAACCACCACCGCGGUCUUCUGAUGUUUGUUCAUCACUACUUAAGUCAGACUGGCACCAGUUUGUCAGUCUGGAUCCGGGUUUGUUUCUCAACCACCUAUAUACAGUAUAUGAAUGUACUGUAUAUGCACAGUAUACGACUGUACUGUAAAUAUACAAAAUAUAUGUACAUAUGAAAAUAUUUAAAAAUGUCGCAGCUCGGCAGCCGUUGAAUAAUGAAAAAUGUGUCACGCUUGUAAAGU